AUGACUCCCACUUAAGAGUAUGUAAUAUUUUAGGUCUUAAUUAAGAUAAACCAUUAUUUAUACUUUUUUAAAUAUGGAUUAAUUGUCUACGGUGUUUUUUAAGUGCUUAUCAUACUAUUAUUGCGCUUCAACCUAAAAAUAAAUUGGGAUAAAUUAUAUUCUAAAUAUAAUUCAAAUGAAUAGGAGAAAAUUAUUUCUAUAUGUGAACAUAGAUAAAAUUACAGAUCUUAUUCCAAAUAAUAUAAUCGCUUGGUUCAUUCAUAACAAGGUCCAACUAAAUCUACGAAUUUUCAACAGCAUAGCAUUUCUGAAAAAUUAAAGGUAUAUUUACGAUAAAAGUUAAAUGGAGCAGAACUAUCUGUAGAGAUCGAAUUAAUUUCCAAUCCCAUUUCUGAAACCAUAAUUUAAUCUUUCUUUGAAUGUCUCUUUAUUUAGAUUUCUUAGUCCAUAACUCAUUUGAAUGUAUUAAGUAAGAAGUAUCUAUCCUUUUUAUAAUCACCGAAUAUUGUGAAGUAUGAGAAGCUUGGUGAAAUAUUGCUCAACACAAUAUACGCAAUGUGGGGUCAUUCCUUUUUUCAUUUGAAAUUGUAUCUGAAAGAAUUCUUAAGUAUAGAAGUUAUCAAUAAUCUUCAAAUUAUUAAAUGGCUAAAAACCUUACUCAAACAAAAGCAGGUGUAAAUAAUCUUAUUCUUUUGA